CUCCAUUUGAGCGGCUAUCUACUAACCCCGGACGUUUCAGCAUAGACCCCUUUCCCCUCCGACUCUCUUGUUUCCCUUUCUUACAUCACAACUUGAAUCUCGUCGAGGUGGCUCGGUGAGUCUUCUUGCACUUCAUGUUGAGUCUUCUCGUCACUCCCUAAAUUAUGUAUUUUGUCUUUUGAGUAUACACCACACUCCUUAUCCCACUACGAUAACAUCAACCGCGCUGGCCGCGAUCCACGUCUUAUCUUGACAAUAUCUACUAUUCAACGCGACUCUUUCGGAGCAGAAACAAUCCGUCCGCAGGACAGCUGGCAGAACAAUUCACCCUAAAAUGUUAGGUUUUCACAGGCGCACGAGAUCUCUUAUCCCCGUAAGGGAUCUUGCGAGGUAUGACAAGGUGCCUAUGGUCGAUGAUGAGGCAGAACUCGAGGUGGAAAGUGCGGACGGGGACACGGAUACAAAGAAUGGGCAAUGGCUAGGGAACAGAAAAAGACAAAUGGUUCUCAUCUACGCCAUCUAUCUUGCUGAAUCAAUCAUUGCAUCAGGGCUUGAGCCACAGCUUCGUGUACUCAUCGAUAGCAACGACUCCUGCGAGAAUCUAUCGACAUCGUACCUUCGCAGCAUACUCGAGUGCGCAUACUAUUUCGGCGGAACAACCGGGAUUCUUUGGGGGUAUCUCUCCGACCGUGCUGGUAGGCGUUGCGUCACCCUCACUGGCCUAUGGGGCAUGGUUCUCUGCUGUCUUAGCAUGGGGUUUGCGACCGAUCUCGUUGCCUGCACGUUGACUCGCUUCCUUUCUGGCGUGAUGGGUGCGAGUGUUCUCGUAUCGACCUUGGCCAUGAUAGGUGAUCUCAGCGAUAGCAUGACCGAGAAGGCAAACUAUGUUGCUUACCUUCCCCUCGUUUCCCUUUGUGGAUCGAUAGGGCCAGUAGCACAAGCAAUGAUUACCGGCAGAGUUGACUUGGAGGGUCCGUUGUUUGCGAGAUUUCCUGCCUUGAGUACCCAAAUAGCUUGCAGCGGUCUCCUUCUACUCCUUGCCAUCACUGCGACGGCAAUGCUCAAAGAAACCCUUGACCUUGGACCUGAGCAGUCAAGGAAUCUCGCCGAGGUAGACUGUGAAAAGGUCGCUUUCCUAUCUACCGAUUGGAAUGCUUCCAGCCAAAGUGUUGCUACACCUUUCCGCGAACCCAUUGCCAUGAGUCAAUUCAUUCAGGCACCCUCAUUUCUCGUUCUCCUUUCGUCUUUCUCGUUCCUGUCACUCCACUCCUCCAUGUUUGAUGAGUUGUUGCCCCACUUUGGCCACAACAGCGCCCAACAGGGUGGCAUGGGCGUGCCUUGCACCUGGUUGGCCUGGAUAGUUCUCGGAGUGCGCGCCUUCGCCGGUGUGGUCAUAUUGCGCUCCCUCCCCCAGGCGAUGGAGAAGGCUGGGCUGCUCAACCUCUAUCGUUACACUUCUCUGUCGUUUCCCUCUCUAUAUGUUGCAACUCCGAUUCUUGCAAUGGUGGCCCAAUACUCGGUUGGACUCGCGCCUGUCAUCGCUGCGGUCUGCAUACUCCUCAAGCACAUGUUGACAAGCAGCAGUACGGUCCUAGUCUCCGUUCUCAUACUAAACACACCACCGGAUGCUUUCUCUACCGGAACCGUGGUUGGCAUGAUGCAAGUCACCAGCCUCUUCCGUGCACUUGCGGUGGCACUAGGCGGGGCAACUUUCUAUCUGAGCGAUGAGACGAGCAUGGCGACGACGAAUUGCACUCUUUGGAUCAGCCUUGCCCUGCUCGGCAGUGGAGGUGCAGCGCUUGCUUAUUUCGUGAAGGAGCGACCGAGUGUAGAACGCGAUUUCCCCAGUGAGGUCCUUCGUUGGGAAACAUGUUUCGACGCUAUCGAAAGCGAUGAGAAUCCAACCGGUCUCAUGUAAUCACCAAGACCCUAUGU